GUUUUUGAUAUCUAAGCAUUCCUUUUUCUUAGCAUCCUGCUCAUGUUUUAGAGAUGCAUCUUUGCUUAGCUUUAUGAAAUAAAAAUGUGUGUAUAGAUAUCUAUGUAUAAACAUACAUAUGUAUCUAUUUCUAUAUGUGGAACUUUUUAUUCUGCUGCCUGUAUCAUCUCUCUUUUCUGUGAGUUACUUUUUCCCCAUUGCUAAUUUUUUCUCAUCUUUUACAUAAGAGGCUAUGCUCUAAUACAAGGGUUGGUAAACUAUAGCCUGCUGUAUCUGAGUUGCAUCCUGUUUUUGUACAGCUCUAGAGUUGAAAAUGUCUUUUAACAUUCUUUAAGUGGUUGUUUAAAAAAAUUAAAAAGCAGACAGAAUAAUAUGCUAGAGACUGUAUGUAGCCUGCAAAGCCUAAAAUAUUUACUCGUUGGUCCUUUACAGAAAAAGUUUUCUGAACCCUGCUCUAAUGUCUGGGCAUUCUUGUCUUUCUUGUAUAUUGAGGAUUCACACAGUAAAAGUUAAUUGGAAACUGUAUAUAAGUAGGGCUUGGCCAUCUUUACUGAAGAAUAACUAGGUAACGCUGAAGCUGGGUUUGGUUCAGCUAGCUCAUAUCACUAUCUGUUGGUCUUUUGGAGGGGGAUGUCUUUUGGUCUCUGGAGGAGGGUCUCUAAUCUCCUCACCUGGAGUAUGCAAGCUUGCUACACAUGUUUCAAAGCAAAGUUCUAUUUUCAUUAACUACACACUAUUUUAAAGUAGAAGAUGGUGGUGAAAGAUCGGUCUGUGUUACCUUUGGAUUUUUUUUCUUUGUGAAAGCAAUGGCAGUCUUGAUUGUAACAGAAAACUAUUUGGAAUUUGGACUUGAAACAGGGUUUACAAAUUUUUCAGACAGUGCGAUGCAGUUUCUUGGAAAGCAAGGUUUAGAAUCUCAGGGUCCUGUUUCAAAACUUACUUUCAAAUUUUUCCUGGCUGUUUUCUGUUCACUCAUUGGGGCUUUUUUGACAUUUCCUGGAUUACGGCUGGCUCAAAUGCAUCUAGAUGCCUUGAAUUUGGCAACAGAAAAAAUUACACAAACAUUACUUCAUAUCAACUUCUUGGCACCUUUAUUUAUGGUUCUGCUCUGGGUAAAACCAAUCACCAAAGACUACAUUAUGAACCCACCAUUGGGUAAAGAAAGUGUCCCUUUAAUGACAGAAGCUACAUUCGAUACUCUGCGACUCUGGCUAAUAAUUCUGCUGUGUGCUUUACGCUUGGCCAUGAUGCGUAGUCACCUGCAAGCUUACUUAAACUUAGCCCAGAAAUGUGUGGAUCAGAUGAAGAAAGAAGCAGGGCGUAUCAGUACGGUUGAGCUACAGAAAAUGGUUGCUCGAGUCUUUUACUACCUUUGUGUCAUUGCACUGCAGUACAUGGCUCCUCUGGUAAUGCUGCUUCAUACAACGCUGCUUUUGAAAACACUAGGUAAUCAUUCCUGGGGGAUCUAUCCAGAAUCAGUCUCUACCUUGCCAGCAGAUAAUAGUCUGUCCUCCAAUUCUGUUUAUUCUGAAUUACCAUCUGCUGAAGGGAAAAUGAAGGUAACUGUUACACAAAUAACAGUGGCACUAAGCAGCUUAAAAAACAUUUUCACUCCUCUGCUUUUUCGAGGACUUCUGUCUUUUCUGACCUGGUGGAUUGCUGCUUGUCUCUUUUCUACAAGCCUUUUUGGGCUUUUCUAUCACCAGUAUCUGACUGUGGCAUGAAUCUCAGUUAGCAGAAGUGGAUAUCCAAGUCACACUUUGAAUGCAAACAUUUGUGCCCUUGAAGGGCUGAUGAAAACCAGAAGAAAGCAAAUUCAAAGGCAAACAAGAAACAUAUCAGAGUAUCUUACUUUAAAUGCUUCCUCUGUAUUCUCAGGGUGAAUUAAUGGUAUAAUAUUUAAGAUUACAGAAUAGAUUAUUAACUACUAUACUGAGGCAUUGGAAUUUUAACUCCUUGUAUUAACUGAUGUGAGAGGGCUAUCUACAAGGGUAAUACUUCUGAUUACCUUGGUUUACAGAAACUUCUAGCAGUCUUGAAACUUCUCAUAUGACUUCAGUUAUUGAUUGAUUGCUCUUAAUGGUAUUAAGGUACUGUUAAUAUUCCUAGUGGCUACCUAUAGAACAGUCUUCAAACUGAGCCGUGCUUUAGGGGAGGGAAAGGAGCUAAAGUUGCUUCUGUUGGUAAUGUAUUAGUCACUCUUCAAACAAUAAUUGGAAAAUCCAACAGAAAGAAAGAAAUAGCUACUGUAUAUUACAGUAAAGAAAGCUACAUAGUAAUUUUAAAUUUAAUGGAAAUGUACAUGCUUACUGUGCACAAGUACUGCUGCUUAAGAGUAGCAAGAGUAUUGUUUUAAAAGGUAUUCUGUCCAACUUGAGGGAUCUUUUAAAAGGAUUGGCUAUAUGAACAUUUGCAAUCUUGCUGUUAGGUUUGGACUCCCAUAUUUUAUUUCAUUCUAUGAUCCUAAAUAUAGUUCUUUUUAAUAGUCUAAAAAUAUUUAUCAAUAUUGAUCAGACUUAAAAAAAUUACUUUGGAAUCCUGCUGACUACCUGUAUGUAUUGUAUAUAUAUUAUAUAUUAAAUAUAUAAUAUAUUGAGAUUAUAAAAGGUAAAAAUAUUAGAUCCUUAUAAUAUUUUAAGUUGCUGAAUGUAUGUUAAAAUGUGAUUGAAUGAGAUGUAUUUGUAUCUAGAAAUUUUCUUUUUGGAAUGAAAUUAAAAUACAUUUUAGAAGUUCAUCCGAGUGAGCAAUUUAUUUGUUGCCUGUGUAUGAGAGUACUUAAUAUUUUAUAAAUACUUAGAUAUUUUUCCCAAGUUAAAAUCAUUUUUCUGUCACUUUCAAAAACAGAACCAUUCCCACUCUAACCUACAGGUAUCAUUUAAACCCAUGUUAAUUAAAUAAGAUU